UGCGUGGUCCAUGAUGGGGUGUUUUGGUGAGGACUGUGGCACCGGUCACAGGAUGGGAGAGCUGGAACGCUGCUGGUUUCCUUGCCCGGCCUUACCUUGCGUUUUGGUAGCCAUGGGUUCAAGGCAGUGCUGAGUGUUGGGGAUGGGUGAGGGUUUUUAGGGGGGGAAAGGCUGGAGAGACCCCCAAAUGUGGUCAGAGGAGCCGGUUAAAGCCUCAACGUGCAGCUCCGGUGAGCGUGGAGGUGCCGAAGCCCCCGCGGCUGAGCUCACCACGGAGCCGGUUGGCGUCGGGGCUGUGAUGACUCAGCAGUGCCGGUGCUGACUCAGCAGCAGGGGAGGCAGCCGGGAAUAAGGGGGAGCUUUAAAUUUUGGGUGAGAAAAAGACAGGUUCGGCGGGCGACCCGGUUGAUGGACCCAGCAGAAGCCAAAUGGAAGAAGGGCCAAUUAAUUAUGUGGAAGAAAGGCGGCUGAAGGAGGGCAGCGGGCUCAGCCUGGCCAAUGGGGCCCGGCCGGAGGCGGGGGGCCCGGCACUGAUGGAGCCGAGCAGCUGGUCCCCGGGCCAGCUGCCUGCCACGGGGAAAGCCCACUUGGAAGACGUCAGGAACCUGGUGGCCUUUUCGGCUGUGGCUGAAGCCGUUUCCUCCUACCGCCUGCCAGCCCCGGCAUCGCCGUCGCUGCUGUAUGAGAAGUUUGACUCGGAGAUGAGCCGGGGCGGGCUGAGCACUGCGGAUGGGGUCCCACGAGGGGAGGACCUGCACGCCCUGAAGGCUGCCUUGGCUUUGGCUAAACACGGUGUGAAGCCCCCCAACUGCAACUGCGACGGCCCCGAGUGCCCCGACUACCUGGAAUGGCUGGAGCAGAAGAUCAAGAUGGCUCUCGGCGAAGAGCCGGCCUCGCCGCGGCCUCCCGUCACCGCCAACCCCCUGCCACCCCCCCAGGAAGGUGCUAUUGACCCCCAGCCGGUGCCUGAGCCCGCCGAGCCGUGCCCGCCCGACGGCCUCCCCUUCUCUCAGAGCGCGUUGACCAUCGCCAAGGAGAAGAACAUCAGCCUGCAGACCGCCAUAGCCAUCGAAGCCCUCACGCAGCUCUCAGCCGCUCUCCCCCAGCCCGCCGGCGAUGGCCAGCCCCCCCCGCCACCACCACCGCCGCCCCCCGCUGCCCCCUUCGGCCCCGGCCCCCUCGCCCCAUCGGGGGCCGUGUGGCAGCAAGGGGAUGAGCCCCGUUACCCACCGGAGCCGGGAGCGGCGCCGGAGCCGUUCUUUGGUGCAGCACCGCCGCGGGGGGGCUUUGCAGCAACGUGGGGGCUGGAAGCCGAGGGGGCAGCGGGGGCUGGAGACCCCAUGGCAGAGCUGGAGCAGCUACUGGGGAACGCUGAUGACUACAUCAAGGCAGCUUUCAAGAGACCUGAAGCAAUAGCCAGCAAAGCGACGGCGCCUCAAACUGAGCCCCCCGAACGAGCACCCGCUAAAGAAGCGCCACCGAGUGGCCCCCGUUUGCCACUGGCACCCCCAGAGCCCGACCUGCACAAGAAGACGCAGCUGGUCCUGCAGCAACAUCUCCAUCACAAGCGCAGCCUCUUCCUUGAGCAAAGCCUGGCAGCAGCGACGGCGCCAGCCCCGGAUCGGCCGAGCGGAUGGUGGGCUCCCGGCGCCCCAUCCGCGCCCCCCAAGCCCUUUGAAAAGCAGCCCAAAGAGAAGAAGAAGAAAACACCACCCGAAAAGCCCCCCCCGGCCAAACCGCUCCGUAAGCAAGUGCAGAUCAAGAAGGCGAAGCAGAAGGACUCGCAGCCGCUCUUCCUGCCCCUCUGGCAGAUCAGCCUGGAGGGCUUUCGGGCGCCCGCCGAACCCCCUGCCGAAGAGAUGCAAACCGAACCGCCGCUGGCCUGCCCGCCUCAGCCUCUUGCACUACCCCCGCCCGCCGCUUGCCCCCCGCCACCAAACCCCCUGGAUGGCUGCCCCCCGGCUCCCGACUCUCAGGAAAGGGGUGCCCCCGGGGGGGGCCCCCAAAUUCACCCUGCGCCGGCGGGUUCAACCAGCUCGGAGGAGGCCCCGGCCCCGGCCCCCAUCAUGGUGGAUGACAAGCUGGAAGAGCUCAUCCGGCAAUUUGAAGCUGAAUUUGGGGAGAAUUUCAACCUGCAGCCCCCCGAAACACCCGCCACGCUCACCACCGCGGCGGCCGAGGUGCCGGGGGGGUCGGUGCCAGCCCCACAAGUGCCCCCCAACGCCACCACCGCCGUUUCAAGCAGCACUCCCCAAGCCGGACCCAAAAGCUUUUCGUUCUCACCGGGGAAGGGUCCGCUUUCGGAGCCCCCUUUCACCGCCCGGUCCCCCAAACAGAUCAAAAUCGAAUCUUCUGGUGCUAUCACCGUGGUGUCCACCACGUGCUUUUACUCCGAGGAAAGCCAAAACCCGGACGUGGAUGACACCGAUGGGACCCCCACCAAGGACGAGGUGCCGCUGACACCGACCCUUAGCGGCUUCUUGGAGUCGCCGCUCAAGUACCUGGACACGCCGACCAAAAGCCUCCUGGACACGCCAGCCAAGAGGGCACAAGCGGAAUUCCCAACCUGUGACUGUGUUGAGCAAAUUGUGGAGAAGGACGAGGGGCCCUAUUACACCCACCUGGGCUCGGGGCCCACUGUGGCAUCCAUCAGGGAGCUCAUGGAGGAACGGUACGGAGAGAAGGGCAAGGCCAUCCGCAUCGAGAAGGUCAUCUACACAGGGAAGGAGGGGAAGAGCUCCCGGGGCUGCCCCAUCGCCAAGUGGGUGAUCCGGAGACACAACCAAGAGGAGAAGCUGCUGUGCCUGGUGCGGCACCGGGCCGGCCACCACUGCCAGAACGCCGUCAUCAUCAUCCUGAUCCUGGCCUGGGAGGGCAUUCCCCGCACGCUGGGGGACACCCUGUACCAGGAGCUCACCGACACCCUCACCAAGUACGGGAACCCCACCAGCCGCCGCUGCGGCUUGAACGACGACCGGACCUGUGCGUGCCAAGGCAAAGACCCCAACACCUGCGGUGCUUCCUUCUCCUUCGGCUGCUCCUGGAGCAUGUAUUUCAAUGGAUGCAAAUAUGCCCGGAGCAAAACUCCUCGCAAGUUCAGGCUGGUGGGAGAUAAUCCCAAAGAGGAAGAGUUGCUCCGGAAAAGCUUUCAGGACUUGGCCACUGAGGUUGCUCCACUUUACAAGAGGCUGGCACCACAAGCCUACCAAAACCAGGUUACCAACGAGGAUGUGGCGAUUGACUGCCGGCUGGGCUUGAAGGAGGGGAGGCCGUUCUCGGGAGUGACAGCCUGCAUGGACUUCUGUGCUCACGCUCACAAGGAUCAGCAUAACCUCUACAACGGCUGCACAGUGGUCUGCACGCUGACAAAGGAAGACAAUCGCGUGGUGGGGAAGAUCCCUGAAGAUGAGCAGCUGCACGUCCUCCCCCUCUACAAGAUGUCCAGCACGGAUGAGUUUGGCAGCGAGGAGAACCAAAACGCCAAGGUGGGGAGCGGGGCCAUCCAGGUGCUCACAUCCUUCCCCCGUGAGGUCCGCAAGCUGCCCGAGCCCGCCAAGUCCUGCCGGCAGAGGCAGCUGGAGGCGAGGAAAGCCGCUGCAGAGAAGAAGAAGCUGCAGAAAGAGAAGCUGAUGACACCAGAGAAGAUCAAGCAAGAGGCACUUGAGCUGCCCACGCUCCAGCAGAACGCAGGUAUGGCCUUGAAAAGCGGGCUGCCCCCCCAGCCACUGAAACCUUCCAUCAAGGUGGAGCCACCGAGCCACUACAACGCCUUCAAGUACAAUGGCAACGCGGUGGUGGAGAGCUACUCGGUGCUGGGGAGCUGCCGGCCCUCCGACCCGUACAGCAUGAACAGUGUUUACUCUUACCAUUCCUACUAUGCACAGCCCAAUCUGCCUUCCGUGAACGGGUUUCACUCCAAGUUCGCGCUUCCCUCCUUUGGGUAUUACGGCUUUUCCAGCAACCACGUCUUCCCCUCACAGUUUCUCAAUUACGGGGCAUCCCGUAAUGCCUCGGGGAGCAACUGGGUGAGCAACGGCUAUGAGAAGAAGCCUGACGUCCCGGCCCUGCAGGAGAGCCUCAACCACACCUAUGGGAAUACCAGUUUCCCUGAGCCCAUCCCGAACAGCGUCCGGAGCAAAAACCAUCACCAGCGCACGUACGAGCGGGCUAACCGCUAUGCCAGCCAGCAGAAGGCAGCGGCGGCCGGGGCGCACAGGACUAGCUCAGGCUCUGAGGAAGCCCAGCCGUUUGCACAGAACUGUUUCAGCAGCCGGCCGAUCAAGCAGGAGCCUCCAGAUCCUCCACCCGCCAUCGAGCCCCUUCCCACCGCAGCCGCCAUGCCCGGCACUGGUUUAACCCUGCCGACCAUCCCGGCGCGCACCGCGGGGCCGGAGCAGCGGUGGAGCCCCUUCAAAGCAUCCCGGGGCACGUCUUCAUCCCCAGAGAGGACUAACACGGCGGAGGGCUCCUGGAGCUCCCUGGCACCGGGUUCUGGUGGGAGGGAGAAGCCCAGCGCCUUCGAUGCUGCCGCGCGCUUGCCGCCGCCGCCGGGGAAGCAGUGGUCCAACGUUGUGGUGGGAGAGGCGGCGGCAGCGGCGCGGAGCUCGGGCUUGCUGCGGAAACCAUGGAGCCCCUGCAAGCUGGGGGAGGCGGCGCUGUCCGGCACGGGCACCCAGAGCCUGCUGGGGCCAUUGGGUUUUGGCUCAUCCCUACCAGGGCUUCCGGGCUUCCCCGAGGAGCCGUGGGGCUCGGUGAAGGCGGAGGAGCGCAGGACGCCGGCGCCCAGCCCUGGGCUGCAGGAGAAGCCAUGGGAAGCGGCGGUGGGUGAGAAAGGGGCUGUAGGGACCCUCCGGGAGAAGCCAUGGGAUCCAUUUAGCCUGGAGGAGGAUCUGCCGGAGAAGACGGUGAAAGAGGAGGAAGAGGAGGAGGAAGAGGAGGAGGAGGAAGAAGAAGAGGAGUGGUCGGACAGCGAGCACAACUUCCUGGAUGAGAACAUUGGCGGGGUGGCCGUGGCGCCGGCGCACGGCUCCAUCCUCAUCGAGUGCGCCCGCCGCGAGCUCCACGCCACCACCCCGCUGAAGAAACCCAACCGCUGCCACCCCACCCGCAUCUCCCUGGUCUUCUACCAACACAAGAACUUGAACCAGCCCAACCACGGCCUGGCGCUGUGGGAGGCCAAGAUGAAGCAGUUGGCAGAGCGGGCUCGUGCCCGGCAAGAGGAGGCGGCGCGCUUGGGUCUCCCACCGGACGCCAAAGCCUUCGCCAAGAAACGCAAGUGGGGCGGCGCGUUGGCGACCGAGGCGCCCAGCAAGGAGAGGAGGGACUCUGUCCCCACGCGGCAGGCGGUGGCCAUCCCCACCAACUCUGCCAUCACUGUGUCCUCCUAUGCUUACACCAAGGUGACGGGCCCCUACAGCCGCUGGAUCUGAGACGGAGGCAACCGCCACGGCCCCAUCUUACCUCAACCCUCGGCAGCGCCGGCGCUCGGCGUUGCUUCGUGGUGCUUUCUCCUCGGGCGUGGGGGAGAAGAAAAGGAUUAGGAAUAAAAUAGACAAAAAAAAAGAGAAGCAAAACACAAGAAGAACAGAGGAAAAAAACCCACCCAACCCACAGGAAGCAAACCCAAGGUCCAAACAGCGGAGCCGGCGCGGGCGCACGCCGUCGGAGGGCUGCGCUUGGCGAGGAGCUGGCCAGCAGAGCAAACCGUGGUAAAACCAAAAGAGGACGGUGCUGUUUGAGGCUUUUUGGGAAUCUCAUAUUUAUAUCUCCAUGGGUUUUUUAAUCCAGCCUCGUGCAAAGGGCCGGAGGAGUCCCUAGCGUCCUUUGGCAAAGGAGAGGUUUUUAAUCCCACUUAAAAAUAAUGCCUAUUUAUUGGAUUUUAUUUUAUUUGUUACUCUGACCACAACGACGAAGCCGAUCUUCGAAAGAGAAGCCAACGUGGAAAACUCAACCCAACCUUGAACACAGAUCAAAUCCAGCCCGCUCACCAAACCAGCUUAAAGGCAAGAGGUUACCCCCUCCAGCUCCAACACACGGGGGCUGGUGGGGGCUGGUGCUUCACCGUCAGCCAGACACGCUGAAAAUCCAACCAUGUUUUUGCCCAAGGACCUCAAAUCACCUGUUUUUCAGCUCGAGGAGGCCUUUCUUACAGCGAGGAACGUCCCGGCACGGCGCGUCUUCGCUCAGCUCCUCGCUGCCGGCGGGAUCGGCUCCGCCGGGAUGGAUCGAGCCGGCGUCUUUCCCAACGCCAGAGACCUCAGGACACGUCCGGGCUGGGGGCUGCCGCUGCCGGGGGCUUGGACCUGGGGGGGAUCCUUUGCUGAUGGUCCCAGGAACGGCGGCGGCGGCUCUAGAAGGAGCCGACAGGACAAAAAAUGAUCCAAAACCAGGAAACAAACCCACCCCAAGCCCAAACUGUGAAUAGCUGGUGUUGCUCUUGUACAUCACUGUUGCUAAAGUCUGGUGCUUUCCGUCUCCGGGGGACUUUCUCCGUGCAAUCGGCUCUGGGAAGAGCGAAUCCCAAGACUUGGCUGGCCAAAAACCCCGCUGGUCCGCCUUCCCUGCCGGUGCCGGUGAGCACCGCCGGGGCUCGGUGCUUUAUCUCUUCCCCCCGGGUGCCAUCCCUUCUUCCUACGGAUCACCGUUCUUCCCGCAAAACCCCCUUUCCCCAAGGAACAACCCAACCAACGCCGACAACAACCGCGUGGUGCUUUUCGAACAAUCUCAGUCGAAACCUCCCGCCCGUCGCCGAUGCCGGAGCCGCGCCGGGAUGGAUGGAUGGAUGGAUGGAUGGAUGGAUGGUCUAGUGGAAGGUAUCCCUGCCCAUGGCAGGGGGUUGGAACUGGAUGAUCUUAAGGUCCUUUCCAACCCAAACCGCUCUGAUUCUAUGGAUGGAUGG